AUGGCGGUGCUCAUGGACCCCGACGAGGACCCUGAGGACACACUGCGGGCACACCGGUCACGGGAGAAGACUUUCAUUUUCGACACCGUUUUCGACGAGCAUGCCUCACAGGAAGACGUGUACCGUGCCACCACCCAGCACCUAGUGGAAGGCGUCGUUUCUGGAUACAAUGCAACGGUGUUUGCCUAUGGCCCCUCAGGCGCAGGGAAGACGUACACCAUGCUGGGCAUGGACGCGGAGCCCGGCGUCUACCUGCGGACCCUCAGUGACCUGUUCCGGGCCAUCGAGAUGCGCGGCAGCACGGACUGGGGUGUGUCGAUGUCUUACCUGGAGAUUUACAACGAAGUGAUUCGGGACCUCCUGAACCCGUCCUCGGGGUUUCUGGACCUGAGGGAAGAUUCUCGGGGCAGCAUCCAGAUCGCAGGCCUCACGGAAGUCUCUACCUCUAACGCGCAGGAGAUCAUGCACCUUCUCACCAAAGGCAACCGGCAGCGCACGCAGGAGCCCACGGCCGCCAACAAGACGUCGUCUCGCUCCCACGCGGUGCUGCAGGUCACCGUGCGCCAGCGGAGCCGCGGCUCGGACUUGGCGGAGGGAGUGCGCGUCGGGAAGCUCUUCAUGGUGGACCUGGCGGGCUCCGAACGGGCGUCGCAGCAUCUUCAGCACCUAGAACAGCUCCUGACCCCGCAGGGGGCCCGCUAG